AAUAACAAUACCCCCAUAUCUCCUUAUCGGUAACACGUACGAUGUUGAAAAUGGCAGAAAUGGAAUCAGCACCAUCAAAAACCUAUAGGAGGAUAUUGGUUUUGGUGGAAUAUCUAAUAAGCUUCAAAAUGAAAUUCAGACAAUGCCUGCCAAAAGUACUUGGAACACCCACCAAUUUACGCUGCAUUUGAUAUCUUUCAUUCCUUUCAUGAAAAAAAUUUGCUACUUCCGCCCCCUUCCCCCUCAAACAAUGUUGAUGAUUUAGAGAAAUAUCAUAAAUGAAGCGCAAAAGAAAGUGCUUCCUAAAAUCCUAAUCCGUUUGAUGGUAAACCAACAUUGUUCCGUGGGGGAGAGGGGGAUGAUUGGUUUUGACCUUGGAAAUUGAUGUCAGUGUUCCAAGACUUUUGGCAGGCAUUGUAGCUUCUAGAUCUGAAGUAUUCUUAAGUAAAAAUUUUUUACAGAGCAUUCCAUUACGAGGUUUGAGGCAUCUUUUAUGUGUGUAAUUUUGUAACUGGCAUGGUAGUUGAAAAAGAUUUAGGCACCGGAAAAUUUAAAGAUGGCACGAAUGCACUGUUUUCGCUAUUUUGUGCCAUGCAAUGUUUGUAUAUACUUUGUAUACUGCAAUUCAAUAUAUAUGCAAUGCAUGCAUAUAGUAUACAAUCUUCCAGCCAUUUCGUGCCAUCUUCUAACUGGUAGUGUCUCCUGUGAUCAUUUUCUAGGCCCAAAAACGUUUUUCUUUGUUGAAUGCCACGCUCAGAUCAUACUAGUAUUUUGUAAGCAUUUAACACACCAGUGUUCAGUCCAGACUAAUGGGAAAAAUUUUGUUUCAUUUUUAGAGCUGCAAAUUUCUUCGAUUGACCCCUUCUUGCUGAUACCAAAUAAUCACACAGUUGAAAUUCAGCCAUUCAAGAUGAAUGGAGCCCAGUACAUUGCAGUGGUAAAUUUCGGGCACAGUAAUGUUGCCUCAGAAAUCUACCGUAUGGUAAACAACAAUUCAUUCGUAUUGCAACAGAAGUUUAACAUCCCUGGCUGUGUUGACUUCGAGUUUGUCGACCAUGGUGAGAAAAAGUACGCUGUAUUCGUAGAAAAUGUCGGCUUGACAUGGGACGGUAAGAUGUCGCAUGAGAGGCAUUAUCAUGUUUAUCGCUACAUUUCACCCACAUUUUAUCGCAUCAAUAGUGUUGCGACUAAAGGAGGAACGAGUGUGAAGUCGUUUGUUCAUGGAAACAAUGAGUAUUUUGUCGCAGCAAACUCGCUCGAUGACCGGGAGCGAAGAGAUCUUAAAUCGACCCUGCACGUGAGAGUGCGUGAUGGUUUUAUUUUGAUUCAAGAAUUCGAUACACAGGGUGCAGAGGAUGUUGAAGUAUUUGAAAUUGAUGGAUGGGUUUACAUGAUGUUUGCCAAUCACAGGGACGACACUGGCAAAGUUGAUAUCUAUUCGACUUUGUACAGAGGAAGACAGAAAGACACCGGCUACGUAUCAUUUGAAGUAGCUCAGAAAGUAUUAACUCACGGAGCACGCGAUUUCGAAUAUUUCAAAAUGAAGAACGACCAUUACGUGGUUGUUGCUAACGAGUACACACAGUUGAUCAGUUACCAAUACAACAGUCAAAAGGGCGUCAGGGAGAGGACCGUGACAAAUGAUUAUGAAACCGAUUCCAUCAUUUACUGGUGGAGCGGGAAAUUUUUGGUAGAAUGGCAACGAAUCCCAACCAAUGGUGCUCGACGAUGGCUCCAUUUCAGCGGCCCGAAUGGCGAAAUGUUUCUUGCUGUUGCAAAUUCAAGGUCACAAGCUGUAAUAUACAUCUACGACUCCAAACUAGGACUUUUUAAACCGACAAAAGUCCAGGGUCUCUUGCCACUGCCUUCCAGUCCUCACUUGCCGGACGUCAGAUCUGUACGUGGAUUUACGGUCAACAACCAAAUGUUCCUAGCUGUGGCCAAUUAUAAUGAAAGUAGGGGACAUAACCUGUUCAAGGUUAAAUACGCAUUUGAAGGCAUCGCUGAGCCAAAGCCGAAUGUUGAACAUGUUCUUCGGACGGCCCUGAAUGAUGUUUCUGAGAGGAUGGAAAAAAUGAAAGCAUGGCUCGAGAGGAUCAGGGAGGUUCUGAAGAAAGUGAUGACACUGAAUGGCAACGAAACAGCGUAUGGAAACUACUGGUUUAAAAAUGCAGCCAUUAAGAGGCUUCGAGUCAAAGGCAACGUCAUUUACACCAACCAUAUCGAGAAUAACCCAACCGAGCGUGCUGUUUAUCGUGCCAUGGAGAUCAAGCGGAACUUAACUAUGCAAAGUAGCAUUUUAACAGAGCUUGAAAAACGGUUGAAUGAUUCUGUAUCGAGGACUGGCACUAGUGACGUCACAGGAUCUAAAACAUUCGUAGGAAACGUUACAUUCCAGAAUGUAACAGUUCACAAAAUGGAUGUUGGCAAAAUCAACGGUGUAAAUCUAACAGACGUUGAGCAACGUGCCUGGAGCAAGAGCAAGGCUCAGGUUAUAACAGGAAGAAACGUGUUUGUAAACGAUGUGAAAAUCCUUAAAGAUGUUUCUGUGACAGGAAAAGUAAAUGGAAUACGUAUCCCAGAGGAUGUGAUGACAACGCAUUAUGAUCAACGGGUAACAGGGAAGAAGAUGUUCACACAGCCUGUGAGAAUUCUAGGAAAUCUCCAAACUGUCAACUCAACUAUUAACGGCCUAAGAAUACCGGAAGACCUUGUGCUUAGAAGUUCAAAUCAGCGUAUUGAAGGGAAAAAGAUUUUCAAAGGAACUAUGACGUUUCAGAACUCCGUUGAAGUCAAAGGGGCAGUGAACGGUAAAGACUUAUCAGAGUUUAGCAAGCAAGUGGUUACUUUGUCAACCGAUCAGGUAAUAAACGGGAGCAAACGAUUCACAAAUGGAUUCAGUGUUGGUGGCAAUUUGAAUGUAGCUGGGUUGGUUGAUGGCGUUAAUCUAACAGAACUGGAUUUAGAUGCUGUCAGGAUGGAUAAGCAGGAAACGAUUAAAGGCAAGAAACGAGUGUUUGGCUCUGUUACUGUCAACGGAAAUGUUGAAACACAUUCAACCACCAACGGCUAUCGUUUACAAGAUGACAUCAUGACAACAUCCACAGAUCAGAUCAUCAACGUAAAAAAGACAUUCAACAACGUCAUAAUCAAUGGAGACAUCAUUACUUCAUCAACGAUUGACGGAAUCAACCUUUCUACGGAAGCAGUGACAAAAUCAGGUGACCAGACCAUCACAGGUACAAAAACAUUUGCGAACGACGUCGUGGUGAAUGGCAACAUUACUGUCAAUGGAACAGUGGAUGGAGUCGAUAUAUCUGAAAUGAGCAAAAAUAUUGUUAAAACCACAGGUGAGAAUGUUAUAACAGCCCCAAAGACUUUCCUUGGGAGAGUUAUUGUUAGGGACCUCUCUGUUCUUGGAAAAAUAAACAACGUGAACUUAAAGGAACUUAGAGAAAGCAUUUGGACUGUUGAUGGCAACCAAACAGUAACUGCACCGAUGACGUUCGAAAAUGUCCAGGUAACUGCAGAUUUAGAUGUGAAUGGGACAGUCAAUGGUGUAAGAAUACCUGAAGAUUUGAUCAAGUUAACACAACCUCAGGUGAUAGAAAAAGAGCUCAUCUUUGAAGAUACAAUGAAUAUAAAUGGUGGCAUUUUUUUCGGCCCUAGCAGCACUUUGAACGGGGAGAACUUUCCAAAAUUUAUGCAGAGCGUUGUAUUAAAUGGAACAGAUCAGGUUAUUUCCGGCAAGAAAAAGAUUGAAAACAACCUGUUUGUUGAAAAUGGCCUAGUUGUAGAUGGUAAGAUCAAUGGAUAUCAAGUUCCAGAUGAUUUCGUCACGCUGAAUACAGCUCAAAACAUUAGUGGUAAAAAGACCUUCGUUGAUGGAAUCACCGUAAACAGUUCUUUAAUGGCUGGAAUUAUCAACAUAACCGGAACGGUAAACGGGGUAGACGUAUCGAAACUAGAAGCAAAUGCGGUUUACAAGGGCAAAAAUGAAACAAUCUCUGGAACGGUCAGAUUAACCGGCAACGUUUCAAGCUCUCAGUCAGUUACAGUUGGGAAACUGAUUGAUGGGGUUAAUAUUACCGAACUGAUGGAAACGGCUGUACGAUUAUCAAAACCACAGAAUAUCAGUGGAAAUAAGAUCUUUGUCAAUGAUGUUGAGUUUGAUAAGCCAAUCACCACUCCUGGCCUUAUCAAUAACAUUAAUUUGACAGCAAUUGAUGAUAAUUCCAUGAAGAAGACUGGAGAUCAACGUGUUACUGGCAAGAAGGUAUUUGAGAAGACUGUUUUCAUUCAAAGGAAUCUUGUAAAUGGUACGAUUAAUGGAGUUAAUCUCGAAGAGUUUGAGCGACAAGUUGUCACAAAGCAAGGAAGCGAAGUUAUAAUUGGAGACUUAGAAUUUCUCAGCAAUGUGACCUGCGAGAUGUUAUCCGUCGAAGGAAAAUUUGAUGGCCUGAACCUUAAUGACCUUAUGCUAACGUUUGGAGACCAAAUUAUUCACGGGAAUAAAGUUUUUCAAGGUGACGUCACGGUAAGAAAGAAUGUAACGGUAGGUGGUUUAAUAAAUGGUGUUAAUCUUACAAAGCUUGAUUCAGAGAUGAUGCGAAUCACUGGAAAUCAGAAUGUCUGGGGCGAGCUGGUGUUCAAAAAUGGCUUCCAUGCCAAUGGCAGCAUCCACGUUUCGGGAUUCGUAAAUGGCGUCGAUAUCUCAGAGCUUAGUGCACGAGCUGUUAGACUUGACGGUUUAGGGAUCAUUAAUGGCAAAAAGACUUUUAUGCAGAAUGUGGAUGUACACGGGAGUGUCGAUUUUAAAGAUCGGGUUAAUUCCUUAAAUAUGACCAAUUUGUUUACUGACGUCAUGUCAAAGAGUAAAGAUCAAGUAAUCACCGGACGUAAGGUUUUCGCAUCAGAGAAAGGUAUCAGGGUGACCGGGGGGCUUGUUGCAGAGGACAUAGGUGUUGGCGGGCUAGUCGACGGUGUUAAUGUCACGGCCUUGGAUCAACAGGCAGUAAAACUAUCAGAUGAUCAAGACCUUUUUGGAGAAUAUUUAUUUUUAAAUCGCACGAACUUUAACGAUGGCAUCCAAGUUAACGGUCUGUUAAAUGGAAUAAAUAUAUCGUCCGACGUAAUGCUUACUCGUGGGGACCAGAAGAUCACGGGAACAAAGUCGUUCAAAGAGCUAGUUGUUAAUGGAAGCAUCGAGAUAACAGGCAAAAUUGAUGGAGUUGAUGUUUCAGAGUUUGCCGAUUCAAGGGUCACUUUGUCUACCAACCAGACGAUUCACGGACAGUUGACUUUUGCAUCCAAUGUUACUGUGAAAGGUGACGUCAUAUUACCUGAAAACGGCACAGUGAAUGGUCUUGACGUUUCAGAAGAAAUCUUAACGACAAAUGGACCCUUGAUUAUAAGCGGAGACAAGACAUUUACAAAAGACGUUGAAGUGCAGGGUGACUUAAAUGUAACUGGCCUAGUUGCAGGUUAUGACAUCAUAAAGCUGAAUGAGCGUAUUAUGUAUGUGGAUCAAAGCAAAGAGCUGACUGGUACCAAUACAUUUGAGAAAGAUCUAGAAAUCAGAGGAAAUCUACGCGUGGAUGGAUACGUAAAUGGCGUAAACGUGCAGAAGGUUGCGAACCAAACUGAACAGUGGAAGACUGAAGUAACACAGCGACUCGCCAAUAUCAAUGCUACAGCCUUGCCAAUUUGCUCACAAAUAAAAGUACUUCUUGCUUUGGAAAAUAUUCAAAUUCAACUUGCUGGAAUCGAAAAAUCCCAAACAUUCUCAAUGUCUAACGGAGGGCAUCUGGAUACAAAGACCAUUGGCGACCUCGUCUACAUAGCUGUUGCGCGUAAAUUGCAAUCUGGAUGUGGUCCUGCUUACAUAUUACAGUGUACAUCCACUCUCACCUGCAAGACACACCAAGUUAUCAAAACCCAGGCCACUUUUGUGCAGUUUUAUGACAUCGCUGGUGAAACGUACAUAUUUGCAGGGCAUUAUGGAUCCAACACGACCGGCUGUCCGGUUUACCCGGAAAUUCUCAAGUAUGAUAAAAUCAAACAUUUGUUUGUAUCUUUGUACAAUGUCACAAGCUCGCUUUAUGCAAACUUAAUGGGUGUUUCUUCGAAUGACGUCGUCGUUCAGAACUUAGCCUCCUUGAUUCCAUACACUCUGUUGACUAGCUCUUUGUUCGAUGCUCCGAUAACCGCACUCGGAUCGCUAGUUUCAAGCCCUCCGGCACUAACCCGGACAUUCAGAGUAAACGGCACGGUAUAUCUUAUAACUGCAAGUGUGUAUGGUGAUACCCAACAACUUGAUUUCUUUAUUCUUAAUACGACGACAUUCGCAACUACCAAGUUACAGCCAAUUAAGAUUUCGGAAGUGAAAGAAAUGGAUGUUGGUGUGAUUGACGGGAAAGUGAUGCUUGCUGUCGCUCAAGGAAGAAGAAGUGAUAACUAUGACAUUACCAUUCACAUGUUUGUUGAAGAGCAAAAAUUGUUCUAUUUCUACCAGAAAAUUGAAGUGAAAGCUGUUACUGUGAGAUUCGUCACCAUACACAAAAAGUUUUACUUUGCCUACGCCAGUCCUAAUCAUGGGUUUGGUCUCUGCCAGUGGCAAGGUGUUAUGGGAUUCGAAUCAUGCGUUGGAGUACCCGUCGGAGGCAUUUCUCAUGUGGCAGUGCUUACAACGUCAGAUGGAGCCUUUACUGUUGGUGUGAGGGAAUUCGAUUUAAUCCUGCACAAGGCCUUGUUUAGAGGUGUUAGUCCAAAAAGGAAUGGAACGCUGACAUGUUAAGCUGUACUCAGACACUUUUUAUCCAACUGUAAACAUUUGAGGAAAUUCUAUUUUUCAUUAUAAUUAAUUGUAAUUUUCUGUAUUGAUGAUUAUUUUAAUUUGGAACGCUGGACUGCGAGAAGGAAUAAAUUUUCAAAAUGGAUUUAAAUUAUGUCUUUUUAUGGGAUACUUCUUUGCU